CUCUAGCCAACUACAAUAUUUCAAUAUAUUAUAUAUAUAGAUACAUAGAGCAACUCAUCAUUCUUAUAUAUAUUAUUAUUACUAUAUGAUUCACUCAAUUUGAUUAGGGUUUCCAUUUUCAUAUAUAUUUUUCUAGCUUUUUCAUUCUUUUCAAAGUUUCUUGUUCUUUUGGUUGAGCUAGCUAGCUAGAGUGAUGGAAGAUUACAUGGGCCAAAUAAGAGAAAAUAGUAGUAGUAAUAAUACGGGUACAACAUCUACAACUUUUGUAUAUGGGUCGGGUGGUGGAUCGGUUCUUGCUCCGGAUACAACUACUACUACUACUAUAGACAACCAAAGUGAUCUUGGAGGCUUUCAUAAUUUUCAAUAUCAUCAUCAUCAUCCUGUUGUCAAGAUUGAAAGUGGGAGUGCCCAAAAAUACCAUAAUUAUCCUUCUAUGAUGAGUUUUCAAAAUGAAAAUGAAGCUUUAAAGGCUAAGAUUAUUUCACACCCUCACUAUUCCAACCUUCUUCAAGCUUAUAUGGAUUGCCAAAAGGUGGGAGCGCCACCAGAGAUUGCGGGGAGGCUAACCGCAGUUCGACAAGAGUACGAAGCUAGACAAAGGGCUAGUUUACUAAAUAGUGGUUGUAGAGACAACUACAAAGAUCCGGAACUAGAUCAAUUCAUGGAAGCAUAUUAUGAUAUGCUAAUUAAGUAUAAAGAGGAACUCACAAGGCCAAUACAUGAAGCCAUGGAGUUCAUGCGACGAAUCGAAUCGCAGCUUUCGACACUAACGAUCUCUUCUUCCUCCACCAAUGCUUCUCCCGGACGGAUCUUUGUAUCUCCGGAUGAUAGUAAAUGCGAGGUUAUUGGUUCAUCAGAUGAAGAACAAGAAAACAGUGGUGGAGAAACAGAACUCCCUGAAAUUGAUCCUCGAGCUGAGGACCGUGAACUGAAGAAUCACUUGUUGAGAAAGUAUAGUGGUUACUUAAGUAGUCUCAAGCAAGAACUUUCUAAGAAAAAGAAGAAAGGGAAACUUCCCAAAGAAGCCCGGCAAAAGCUAUUGAGCUGGUGGGAGUUGCACUACAAGUGGCCAUAUCCAUCGGAAUCAGAAAAGGUAGCAUUGGCAGAAUCAACGGGUCUAGACCAGAAACAAAUAAAUAAUUGGUUUAUUAACCAAAGGAAGAGACACUGGAAACCUUCUGAGGAUAUGCAAUUUAUGGUUAUGGAUGGACUUCAUCCACAGAAUCCUGCUACCGCUCUUUAUAUGGAAGGCCACUACAUGGGUGAAGGUCCUUACAGACUAGGACCUUAGAUGGUUAAAAAGUAAAAUAAAAAGAGUAAAAAGGUGAAUUGAAGGUCUAAUUGAUCUGCAACUAUCAUACAUUAGUGGUUUGGCCAUAAAGGUAUGCAUGCUUUUUACGAGGUCAAAGUUGGAAAGUCCAGGCUUUGGUAAUUCGGCGAAAGUGCAAUCUCAUAAUUUGUGUAUCACUUGUUUCCUAUAUAUCGUAUUAUAUUCAGACAUGUUGAUUUGUUCUUGGAAAAUCCAUAUGCAUGACCGAGAUGUACGGAGUAUAAGUGUUGUGUGGAAUCAUCCAGAGGUCAUAUAGCACACUGAGGUCUGCAUAUACUUAUUGUUAUCUUUUUGAAUAAUUGGAUGCAUGUAAUAGCUAGGGUGAUGUUUUGAAUUGUGUAUAUUAUUUUUGAUAUUGGUAAUAGAA